UGUGGUGGAGCGAUGACGCAGUUCUCUCUUCUGCUUAUAAAGAGAGACUCAGCAGUUUGUCAGGACAGAAGAAAUCAGCAGCCAUGGACAUGCAGAACGCCUCUGUUCUUAAGGAAGGCUUUUUGGUUAAGAGGGGUCACGUGGUUCACAACUGGAAGGUCCGGUGGUUCGUCCUGAAAGCUGAGCAGCUGCUUUACUACAGGUAUGAAGGGGGAAAGCGGGACUCGUGCCACCGAGGAAGCAUCCCGUUACGAGGCUGUGAGAUCACCUGUCCUUACCUGGAAUAUGAAAACAGACCGCUGGUCCUGAGACUGAAGACCAACACUUCAGAGGAGUUCUUCCUGGAGGCGUGUUCUCGGGAGGAGAGAGACGAGUGGGCAGUGGAGAUCGGCUCGGCUGUCAGGAGACUCGGACCCGGAGACGCUCAAACUCCUCCUCCGGCCGUGAGAAAAUCUUCACAAUCACUGCAGCUCCACAACGUCAACCUCAGUCAGGUGGUGGACUCCAUGUAUGACAUCCACAGUGGCAUUAAGCUGAGCAGCCAUGUGGAGCAGGGGAGUACCUACAUCAACUGCUUCUCAGGCUCUGCUGUAGUGGACUGGUUGGUGUUCACUCAGCUGGCUCUGACUCGGGUUGAGGCAGUGACUCUGGCGUCAGCUCUGCUAGAUGAAGGCGGCGUGAGAGCUGUGGGAGUGAAAAGCGUAGCUGCCGUGAGGAACGCUGCUCUGGGAGAACAGUUCCUCGACGACUCCACGGCUCUCUACAGCUUUGCUGACAGCUUUAAGAAGAGAGGGAGUGUGAAGUCAGAGAAGUCCAUGUCUGCGGUGGAGCUGAGUGGAAGAGUGCAGAAGAGAGGAUACCUGGUCAAACAGGGCCACAAUGUUAAGAACUGGAAGGUGCGACUCUUUGUGCUGAGGUCAGAUCCUGGUUUCUUGCACUACUACGACCCAAGCAAGGAUGACAUCACUCCAGCCGGCGGGUUUUCCUUACGAGGCUGUCUGGUUUCUUCUCUGGACGACAAUGGCAUACCCUCAGGAGUGAAAGGUAAAGUCCAGGGCAACCUCUUUAAGAUCAUCACUCAGACGGACAGACAUUACUUCAUCCAGGCUCCCACACACCAGGAGAAGAUGGAGUGGAUCAACGCUAUCAAGCAGCAAACAUGAAGACCUGCUUCAGCUCAGAAACUGCUGGGAAGCUUUGCACACCGAUGAUGAUGAUGAUGAUGAUGAUGGAGAUGGUGUCCUGCAGGUUCAGGAUAAUUUUCCUGGUGGUUUUUGGAGCACUGAGUAUUACAGAGUAUAACAAACCAGAAACUUCCAGAAGUUAAAAAAAUAUCAGCUUUUGGUUGCAGUGAAUAAAAAUGCAAAACCUUAAUAUGAUGAUGAAAAAAAUCUAAGAGAUAAGUGUUUAUGCUCAAGGUUUGAAAUGAUGAGGUGAUUAAUAUACACAAGAAAGAGAGCAAAAGAGAAAGAAACAAAUCGAAUAAACACAACAUUAUUCAGUGCUCAGGAAAGAAAAAAAGAAAGAAUGAAAUAAAGAAACCAGAAAACCACGCUGAGGUUCAUCCUGCUGGCAGAACAUCAACUUCACAACCUUCAUGUCCCUUUUAUCCUCUCUGAAGGUUUCAGUGACUUCCUCUAACUUAUUCUCACUCUAAUCUGCAGAACUCUGUGAAUGUUUGCUGUACAGAGAGACUGGUUUAGACCAAACAACGCUUUAGAGAGUUUAUUAGAGAUAUUUUCUUCAGCUUUUAUACAGAACAUUUAUAACCAGGAAACUGCUGAUGAUAUUGUGAUAUUAUUAAUGUUAUUUGUUUUAUAUCAUAGUGAACUGUGUAAAAUAAAGUGUAUUUAUUGUGUAAUAGAGAUACAGAGAGAGUCGCCUCAUCCUUUUCCACAGACUCUGGGUUUCCUGAAGAUUAGGGAAUCAGGGGGAAACGAGAAGAAAGGAAGAAAUCCAAAAUCCAUUUUCUGGUUAAAGAAACUCUUCAGAUUGAUCAGUGACGGAGGAGUGAGGGGAAAAAUUACAAAUGAUGGAAAAAUCUAAGAGAUAAGUGAUUAUGAUCAAGGUCUGAAAUGAUGAGGUGAUUAAUGUACACAAGAAAGAGGGCAAAGGAGAAACUAAUCAAACAUACACAACAUUAUUCAGUGCUCAGGAAAGGAAGGAAGGA